AUGCUACAGUUAUUCUCGGGCAGGCCCCACGAAAACAGUGCCAUUACCGCGGCCAAGCUUUGCGAAAGGCGAAGUUCUAUUGCAAAACGCCCUCUCCCCACGCCGAAGUCAGGUGCCCCAGCCGGAUGCGGACCCACGGGCCUUGCCGGUACUGCUCCUGUCACUGCCAGCACUCCUGGCUCUGCCAGCACUGCUCCCACCUCUGGUGGAGGCGGUGGCGGAUGCCUGAACUCGAAGAACCACUUGCCGGGGUGCAUCUGCAAAGACUGCAGAAAUCGCACGGAUUGGGUUGACGUUGUUGCUGUCAAGGGCAAGGGCAAGGGCAAAGAAGCACCUGUGAAGAGUGUCUUCAAAGACCCCGCCGCGGCGAUGGCUUCACAAGCCCCGGAUGAUUUCUGGCCUGGUUGGAGCGAUUGGGGCUGGGAUGAUGGCAGCUGGUGGGACGACAGUUGGUGGAUAGGCUGGGAUGAUCCGAGCUGGUGGGGCUUUGCAGAGCCUGCCCUUCCCUGUGGAGGUGUUUCGGACACAUCUGGACCUCAGUCUCUCCCGUCACUGGCAACGCCUGGAGACAUGAAGGAGGAGAUUCAAAAGUUCUGCGACAAAUACGAACUCGUCGAAGUCGACCGAGAAAAAGUCGCAGACUCCUUCUCGAGGUGUGGAGAAACAUGGGCACAGGAUCUGCGCGAGCUCGAUCACGCCCUCUCCAAGGCUCGGAAUCCAACGUCGCUGCUUCAGGCGCGACUGCGCGAGCUGGAAGCCAUACGUGGCUUUCAGGUGAAGGCCAAGCAGGGCCAUUUGCCUGGCUGCAUGUGCCCGGCGUGCAAGGAGAACAAGUUCGCCCGAGCUGUUGGCACCGAGACUGCGGUGGAGGCGAAGUCAUUGAAUGCUGCGGCCCUGGUCGCCUAUCAGGUCGAGCAGGAAGCUAUCAAUGGCGGCCCGCCCCCCGAAGACAUGCCCGAUGCGUUCAGCAACGAUCCCAAAGGCAAGGGGAAGGGCAAGGCCCUGAUCUUGCCCACUGGCGACCUCCUUCCAGAAGUCAAGGCCUUCUGCACACGCUUCGCACUGACAGAGCGCUUGCAGACAAAGGUCAUGGACACCCUGCGAAAGCGUGGUGAUCCGGAGUGGCGACAAGACUUGGCUGAAAUGAACAGGGACCUUUCCAAAGCGCGGAAUCCGAGCGGUCUCCUGGUGGUCAAGCUGGGUGACAUCCAGAAGGAGCUGAACCCAAAUCAGCUGUGUUUCAACUACCGCGCAGGUACUUGCACAUGGGGGGACAAAUGUCGCUGGUCCCACGAUGUUGCGGUGGGAGCCGAGCGGAUGAAUUCCAGCUCCCUCCUUGCGGCGAACGCGAAGGGGACGGCAAUCGGGCUUGAGAAACUUUUCACGGCAAGAAUGAGGUAG